AUGGCCAAAAACCACACCAACGGAUGCACUGAGGUCGAACUCGAGGUGAAGGAGGAGGAGAUCGAACUCAAGGUGACGGAGGGAGGAGGUCGAACUCGAGUGACGGAGAAGGAGGUCGAACUCGAGGUGAGAGGAGGUCAAACUCGAGGUGACGGAGGAGGAGGUCGAACUCGAGGUGACGGAGGAGGUCGAACUCGAGGUGACGGAGGAGGUCGAAGUCCAGGUGACGGAGGAGGAGGUCAACUCAAGGUGACGGAGGAGAUCGAACUCGAGGUGACGGAGGAGGUCGAAGGUCCAGUUGACGGAGGAGGAGGUCAACUCAAGGUGACGGAGGAGAUCGAACUCGAGGUGACGGAGGAGGAGUCGAAACUCGAGGUGACGGAGGAGGAGGUCGAACUCGAGGUGACGGAGGAGGUCGAAGUCCAGGUGACGGAGGAGGAGGUCAACUCAAGGUGA